CAAGGGCCGAGCCAAACAACGUCCAGCUCACCUUUCCCGGUCCGGCGAGAACGGACAACCUUUACUCGCGGUCCCCCCCAAACCCCCCAAAAACCGAUGACAUCGAGGAUCUCUUACCGUUCCACACCUUCCACGAGAUUGCUAAAUAUCAGUCCGGUGUACCCGACUUAUCUACUAAACGUGAGGAGAAGCACAACAGCCACGACCAAGAAGGAAGAAACCAAAGUUUCGACCCCUCAACCCACCAUGGCAACCAACAGCAGCACCAACAGCAGCAGCAGCACGAACGCGGCCCCCUGGCGCGCCCCCUUCCUCUCCCACCUCGCGCAGCUCGCGACCGCGACCUUCACGCUCGCGACGCUGCACCCGGCGGGGCGGUCGGAAGCGCCGACGCCGGCUCUGCCCUGCCUCCCGCGCGCCCGCACCUGCGUCUUCCGGGGGCUCUGGGCGGAGCUGCCGGCCAACCCGCACAACGCGGCGCCGCGCAACCCGGCGGGGGUGUACGAGUCGGACCUGCCCGUGUUCACGACCGACGCGCGGUCGGACAAGGCGACCGAGGUGUUCGACUCGGCGCCGGCGGGCGACGUCGAGGCCAGCGGCGGGGCCACGGGCGGCGGGGGACCCGUGGAGGCCGUGUUCUGGGUCGACGCCGCGGGCGUGCGGACGCAGUGGCGCGUCAGGGGCCACGCGUGGGUGCUGGCGGGGGACGUGGACGACGAGGCGUCCGAGGGGGCGAGGAAGGCGAGGGAGGUGCUGAGGUCGAGGAUGAGGCGGGUCGGCGGCCGCGGCGAAGGGGAGGCGGAAGAAAAGGGGUGGAGCUUCGCGAGGGAGGUGACGGCGCACUUUGGGAACCUGAGUCCGCUCAUGCGGGGGUCGUUCAAGGCGCCGCCGCCGGGGACGCCCCUGGCAUAUCAUACCGCCAAGGGGGAGGCGGUGGGGCAGAGGCUGGAUGACUUAGAGGACGAGACUGCGAGGAGGAAUUUCAGAGUGGUGGUGAUUGUGCCGGAUGAGGUCGACCAGGUGGAUCUGAGCGAUGAGCUGCGGCCGAGAAGGUGGUUGUAUGUCUAUCGGGGGGUCGGCGGAGAGUCGAAGCUGCCUGGUGGGGAGAUCAUUGGGGAGUGGGAGAAGGUCGAAGUCUGGCCUUGAGCUAGCCUGAUUUUGAUCGAAGCGUUGGGG